AUGGUCGCCUAUACGGUGGCGGUCGUGGAAUACGUGCGUGUGCGAGUCAAGGGACCCUGCUCAAUGGAUUUAGUCGACUUUCCUAUGGACACGCAAUCGUGCCGACUCAAUUAUCAAAGUUUCUCCUACAACAACGAAGAGGUGCAAAUGCGCUGGAAUAAACGUAGGCAUCCAGUGUUCGUGUUGAAACCGAUAAAUAUCAGCGAUUUCUGGGGCUCAAAAGCAUUUACUCGCAGCAUAAUUAGAGCUGUGAAUCCGUUCAACCUUAUACAUUACCUAGAAGCGAAGUUAUAUUAUCAGUUUAUUAAAGCACGAGCCUUGCCAAGCCGGCAAUUGUGGAACGAGCUGGUCGUGACAUUCUGUGUUCGAGCGCGCGUUAUAUGUGGUACCUUCUGCAAGCCUAUCUGCCGACAUAUUUUCACAAUUUUCAUCAGCUGGCUUGCGUUCGUGUUGGGACCACAGGCCAUUACGCCUCGUACGAUGAUCGGUGUGAAUGCGCUCCUUUCAUGCAUACUAUUAUUUCGAUCGAUAAUGCGUAACCUGCCUCGAGUCUCCUAUAUAAAAGCCAUCGAUGUAUGGAUGUUAAGCUCAAAUGGACCUUUUCGUGUUUCUUGGUCCACUUAUUUGAAGCUGGCUAUAGUUGGCUUCAAGGAACGGCAAAAGUGUUCCUCCUUUGUUAGCAGCACACUCGUCCAACUAUUCACGGAUCGACUUUGUACUCGGCCAUUAGUGUUUCCGGCCGUGUUCAGUGUAUUCAACAUCGCUUACUGGGCUCGAUAUGGCAUGAAAAUUGGCUGA